CUAUAAGAGACUCUGAAUCAAAAGGAGGGGGUUUCUUUGAAAAGAUGGGGGAGGGGUGCUUGCGCCCCGGGAGACUGGAGUAGACAUCCGGUUGUGGCCCGUCACGGCAUGUCACAUUCAUGUCACCACUCGUCACAGCUGUGUCAGGAUACCGCAGUAACGCAUCGAGCAUCUCACUUCACAACCCGGAGACCGUCCUUGAAGUCACUGUUCCCGUGAAGUGUUGAAAGAUGGCCUCAGCAUACUACGAGUUCUAUCGUGGCUCCUCUAUUGGCAUGGCGUUAACAGACUCGCUGGACGAGCUCAUCACAAGUGGGGCCAUCACCCCUCAACUGGCUAUGAAGGUGUUGCAGCAGUUCGACAAAUCCCUCGCAGACACGAUGGUAAAGUCAGUCAAGAUAAAGACAACGCUCAAGGGCCACUUGCACACGUACCGCCUGUGCGACGACGUCUGGACAUUCAUCGUGAAGAACCCGUCCUUCAAAAUGGAGGGCAACGAGAUCGUCACAGCGCCAAAGAUCAAGAUCGUGGCGUGCAAGAAUGGCGACGCGCUCGAGAACGGGAAGAAAUGAAUGUGACCGGUCCUCUGCACGGUCCGUUUCCCCCCUCCUCACUCAUCGUCCGGCCGUUCAUUUCGUCCUUGCAUGUCUGAAAGAAGCUAGCGUGCUCUUUCUAUUUUACUCUCCACCGCACGCAUCUGUGUCGAUAUCAGUAGUAUUGCAUGUAUUAUAAAUGCCAUUUUUGUAGAUGCAAUCCUCUUUUGUUGGACACCCUAUUACUGGUCUCAGGGGGUGUGUAUAGAAGAUUACCACUUGCUUGUUAU